AGUGUCCCGCUGCGCGCCUCCGCUGCCGCACGCUCUGCACCCACAGGCCACCUGUUGCCAGCCUGUCCCGUCCGUACACCGGCCGUCAGCUCGUGCCCGUGGCGCUACUGUGACGGCGACGCGGUGUGUCAAGCAGGUACACCAGCCGAGUAGAAUCGCCGCCUGGACGGCGGCCGUCAUGACGUCACUCAGCACUGUGCCACCGUUCUGAGGAAACAACUAGACGGGAUGAUGGCCGUACCGCCACAGGUGACGCAGCUCCUCCAGAGGUUCAACCUCUCCAUGGAGGAGCUCGCCAUGCUGGUCGACCUCAAGCGGGAGACGGUGGCGCUGGCUGGCGGCGGGCCCGCGCGCGGCGACGGCAGCGAGUGCAGCGAAUGUGGCGGCGCGCUGCGCGAGGCGCUGCUGGUGUACCGGCGCGCCCACGGCUACUGUGCGCUGCUGGUGUGCGCGCUCGGCACGGCGGCCAACGCGCUCAACGUGGCGGUGCUGACGCGGCGGGAGCUGGCCGCCGCGCCCAUAAACCGCCUGCUGACGGCGCUCGCCGUCGCCGACAUGCUGCUCAUGCUCGAAUACGUGCCCGUCGCCGCCUACCUGUACGUCGUGCUGCCCGAGCAGCGCGACUACCCGUACGGCUGGGCCGCCAUGCUUCUGGUACACGCCCACCUCUCGCUCAUGCUGCACUCCGUCAACGUCUGCCUCACGCUCACCCUCGCUGUCUGGAGAUACAUCUCCAUCAGGUACCCGGAGCAGGCCCGCACGCUGUGCACGCUGCAGCGCUGCCACGUGGCCAUCGCACUGUGCUACACGCUGCCGGUGCUGGCGUGCAGCCCGCCCAUCGCCGUCUUCGAGAUCCGCGAGACCAGGGUGCGCCAGCACUCGGGCAACCUCACGCUGUACCACGUGGGGCUCAGCGACGCCGCCGAGAAGGACGACAAGCUGCUCUACCACGCCAGCUUCUGGCUCUACUCGGUGGUGCUGCGGCUGAUCCCGUGCGCGGCGCUGUCGCUGCUGAUCGCGUGGCUGGCGCGCACGCUGUUGCGCAACGGGCGGCGGCACGCGGCGCUGACGGGCCGGUCCCGGCGCGCGCAGCGCACCACUCGCAUGCUGGUGGCCGUGCUGCUGCUGUUCCUGGCCACCGAGGUGCCCAGCGGCGUGCUCGGGCUGCUCAGCGUGCUGCUGCGGCCCUGCUUCUUCCUCAACUGCUACAAGCUGUUCGGCGAGGUGAUGGACAUGCUGGCGCUCACCAACGGCGCCGUCAACUUCGUGCUGUACUGCGCCAUGAGCCGGCAGUUCCGCACCACCUUCUCGCAGCUGUUCUGCCCCGCGCUGCUGCUCAGCAAGCGCAAGGCGCCGCCCGUCUCGCUGACGCAGUCCACGUGCGUAUGAUGGCGCGGGCCGGCCGCGCUCGCGCUCGCCGCCGCCGACUCCUCGGACGGACAGUUCGCUCCCACCAGCAGGGCCACCUGCGCCGAGCACGCCCUCUGAAGCGAGCCGCGUCGAAGCACCCGCGGGCAGUCCGCAGUCGGCGAUGUUUGUGUGGUUGACAGUUCGUCGACUUCCACAAAAAUGGCAAAAGACUGAUAUUUUAUACCGCAAAAAUAACGUACAUACACUACUAUGUGACUGUAGUUGUUAACAGUUUUCAAGCACAAGUACAAAUGCUUUCGAUGCAAGAGUGGUACUACUGCUUUUGACACUUCUCGGCGAACAUUUUAUGUUAAAUCUCCAAAUAUCGACAACAGUCACUUUUGUGGUACUAAGCCGUGGCAUUAGAUUAUACUGUUUCGAAGUGAGUGACAGGACACAUGUUUCCCUUAAGAGCAGGUCUAAAAUCAUUUAUGAGAAACUGACGUUGAAGGACUCCACCAUAAUGUGGAGCCAUACUAAUCUUAUAUGUGCUACCGAAUUCACUUUUUCCCCUUUUGAACUCGUAUUAGACUCACUGGGCUGUUAUGCUGCUGGUGCUAAUUGGUGUUGUCAAUAUGGCUUUCUAACGUUCCAUCAUAGUUCAAACAAUCACCAUCAUCUUUGUUAACACAUAUAUCUCUUUUUUAGGCAUUUAAUUAUAGUUUAUGCUUCUUAUACAUUUUUCGUUUUUACUUUAGCAAUUAUUUUACUUCCGAUGUACACUUUCUACCUUAAAAUUUGCCGGCAUUAGUAACCGAACGGUUCUAGGCUCUUCAGUCCCGAACGGAACUGCUGCUACGGCCGCAGGUUCGAGUCCUGCCCCACGCUUGCAUGUGUGUGAUGUCCUUAGGUUAGUUAGGUUUAAGUAGUUCUAAGUUUAGGGGACUGGUGACCUCAGAUGUUAAGUCCCAUAGUGCUUAGAGCCAUUUGAACCAUUUUGAACCUUAAAAUUUAUGUUUUUCUUUCUCCAAUCAAUUUCACCACCUUUACAUUCUACAUCUUAAUUUCUGUGUGCAGAAUUUCGUCAUCGUUGUUAUGACUCUUAUUCUGUACCACACGAGUUCUACCUUUUUCCUGAUUUCUUUCUUGUGUACUUUCUUCCCCCACUUCAAAUUUUUGUAGAAUAAAUAAAAGUUAGUGGUUACAGAAUUUUGAGCUGUUUUACAGCAGUCCAAUAUCAGAUAGAGCAUAUACAUACUCCUAGAAUGUUGACUGAUUCUCGUAGUUAUGUUGUCAACAACUGCGUGCUAGCCUAUAAGCAGAUUUAUGUGUGUUGUCUAUGCAGUAUUAGAGUGGUCCGAGCAAAUUAACUGUCCCAAUUCGUUACCUGUCAAAACAUGGUAGUUUGAUGUCCAACAAUGUUAUGGCGUACAGUACACCUAUGAAAGACAAUGAAUACAAUUCCCUAACAGUAAAAUAGUCUGUAAGAAUAAAUUCUGUUUUCUCAGGAAGCUCAAUAUGUACAGUGAAUAUUGGAACACUAUUAAUGUUGAACUCCAUUCGUAAGUUAAUCAUAGGCGUUGGAAAAUUUUUCUGACUCAACGAAACAGAAAUUUUUGUGUAAUCAAGUGGCUUGCAUUGCGUACAUGUUUGCUUCUUUCUUCAGCGUCUAUAUAACAACAUUUCUAAAAUCAAAUAUAGAUAACGACGUGCUCUGUACUACUGGUCUCACCCAACCUUAUGCCUUUGCUUUCUGUAUCUCACCUGCAACUACUUCAGUAAGUAUUUCAUAGUUAGAACAAGGACUGGUCAGUAGCCUAAAGUAAAAUCAAAAUGAAAAUGUGAACAAUAUAUGACAGGUUGGUGCUGCAUCAACAUUUUAACAAGUUGAUCAGUUUUUUAGCUAGCCAUAGUAUGUAACCUCUGACGCUUCCAGCUUAGAGCCCAAGUUUGAAAGCGUGAGCAGUGUUACCAUUCUACAAUGACGCAAGUUGUACAUAACAAUUUAGUUACCUGUACUGGUCAUGUGUCAACAUGUUUAUAACUACGAAAUGAAAGUUUUAACAUUAUUUUACAUGUAAAUAUACAAGAGGUACAACAUAAUGUAUAUAUUUUCGUGUACCAUAAGCAUAAAUAUUUAUUUUGUAUAUUAUUAACUGAGAGUUUUCAAAACAGGCCUUAGGUUAGGAUUGUAAAUGAAGACAAAAGACAGGGUGUAGACAGCUUUACUAAAUUGUAUCGACAUUGAACCUAUAUUGUCAUUAUCAUCCUUUCAAGUUUCAAUGCAAAUUGCUGUCUUUGAGGUGAAUUAAGAAGUAUCUGAUACUGUUGUGCACGUUUAAGUCAGAACCAAAUUCUGUUUUUUUACGCAACACAUAGAUAUGUAUAAGUAUAGGCAACUUUUUGUAAAUGUAGUUUCAAUGAAAUGUUAUCAAACAGAUAAAAAAAUCAACACAAAUUCCUUUUUCGCAAAGAUUCAAAAUAUAUGAUGCAAGAUUUAUCGUAAAUGUGAAACAUAAUGAUAAGUAACUGUUAUGUCCAGAUUCGUUAACUGAAACCCUGACGAAAGUGAAAUUUUGUCAUGUUAGUGCUUUUAUGGGAAUUACCAGUUUUUAACUUAUGGUGAAUAAUAUGUAAAUAUUGUUCUCCCCAUCCCCCAAAAAUACAAUAAAAUUAUUUAUCUAUUUUAAAUGCCAUAAA